CUCAAUCUCUUUCUUUCUCUUCUUUUUCUCUAUAUAAGAAAGCAUAAGGGAGUGUUUGUAAAGUCUUGAAAAGGGAAAAAGUUGUAUUUGGUCUGCAAAGAAGACUUGGUGGGUGGUGAUAUAUAACAGAGAGAAGAAGAACAAAGGGGAAAAGGGGAUUGAAGAAAUGGAGGCUGAAAGAGAAGAGAAGAAGAAGAAGACGGAAUCAAAUGGAGAUGAUGAUCGUGAUCAUCAUGAAGACAUUGAUGAUCAUCAUAAGGGAGCCCUCCAACCUAAGAAGGAUAGAUCAUCUCCAGAAUACAAUUCAAAGGCAUCUCCAUCAGCCAAAAAGGAUCAGGAUGAACUUCUGAAAUCGACGAAAGCCGAGAUGGGAGAAGUGAUUGAAGAGAAUCAGAGGCUAAAGAUGGACUUAGAUCGCGUAACGAAGCUUUACCGAGCCCUCCAAAUGCAAUUCCACGAGAUGGUUCAACAAGAACCUAAUAAAUCUAGUAGCACAGUCACUAAUACUACCACUACUCAUCCAGGUGAAAGCAGCGAUCAAGAGCCUGAAUUGAUUUCUCUAAGUCUUGGAAGGACUUCUUCAAAUGAUGGAAUCAUGAAGAAAGAAAAUAACCAUGGUAAAGAAAAAAUGGAUAUAGAUGAUGAUGAUGAUGAUGAUAAAGAAGGGUUGGCUCUUGGAUUGGAUUGCAAGUUUGAAUUACCAAAGAAUAAUAACCAUAAUAAACACACCCCGCAGUCGGAAAAUUCGCCGAACCCGAGCUUGGAAACGAGCUCCGAUGAAGCAAGGGAAGAAGCCGGCGAGACAUGGCCACCUAAGAAAAACUUGAAGACGGCGAGAAGUGGAGAAGAUAAUGAGGUUUCUCAAGCGCAAAACCCUACAAAGAGAGCUAGGGUUUCUGUAAGAGUCAGAUGUGACACCCCAACGAUGAAUGAUGGAUGUCAAUGGAGGAAAUAUGGUCAGAAAAUUGCAAAAGGCAACCCAUGCCCUCGAGCUUAUUAUCGUUGUACUGUUGCACCAAACUGCCCAGUUAGAAAGCAGGUACAAAGAUGUGCUGAUGACAUGACCAUUCUAAUAACCACAUAUGAAGGAACACACAACCAUUCUCUCCCGGUCUCUGCCACGGCUAUGGCUUCCACCACCUCAGCGGCAGCAUCCAUGCUAUUGUCUGGCUCGACAACCUCCUCCGGCUCCGGUCCAUCGCCAUCUGCUUCCGCCACUGCCUUUGCCUCCAACACCCUAAACGGACUAAACUUUUACCUCUCGGACAACACCAAAUCGAAGCCAUUUUACUUACCAAAUUCAUCCCUCCCCUCCGCGCCUUCCUUCCCCACCAUCACAUUAGACCUAACCACCAAUCCAUCAGCAGCAUCUCACCUAAACAAACUCGCCACCACAAAUUUCCCACCAAGAUACAAUAAUUCCACUACAAAUCUCAACUUUAGUUCAUUGGAUUCGAAUUCUUUGCCAAUCUCAUGGAGUAGUUUUGGAACUCAUCAACAGCAACCCUAUAGUCACAAAAACCAAAGUACCACCAAUUCCUUGAGCUUUGGAAGAAUGAACCCUCAAGAAAGCCUAUACCAAAAUUACCUUCAAAAACAUAUCCUCAGCUCCACAUUAGUACAGCAACAGCAACAACAGCAGCAAAAUCUGCCAUCGGAAACUAUUGCAGCGGCAACUAAAGCGAUUACUUCAGACCCAAGUUUCCCAUCGGUCUUAGCAGCUGCUUUGACUUCCUUCAUUAAUUCUUCAGGAGGAGCUCUUCAUAAUCAAAACUCAUCAUCAACCGAGUCUUUUCCAGUUCUUUCUAGCUUCCAAGCAACAAGUACUGCAACAAAUGUGAACAAAUGCUUCUCGGGCUUUCUUCCCUCCAAACCGCCAUCUUCAUCGUCGACGAAUUCUCAGCCCGGAAACUUCAUGUUUCUGUCUUCAUCCCUGCCAUUUUCUACCCAGGGUGGUAAAUCUACGUCUCCCGGACAUGACAACGGGGACCACAUAUGAAUAAUCAGGAUUAGUCUGUGGUAUGUGGUAUGUGUUCGUUUAAAAUAUCACGUAUUACCUGUAUCAUUGUAUUAGAUAAAAUGUAUUUUUGUUCGUUUCCAUUUAUGAAAAAGAGUAGAUAUGUAGAUUAGGGAGCUUUGUGUAAACACCGAUAUGCUAGUUGAUUAACUGUGAAUGAAUUUAUUUAUUUUUCGUUAUUUGAUUUUCUGAAAUAUCUUGAUGAAGUAUAGUGAUGUAUAUAGGUUGUAGAAUAUUAGUGCAUGUGGGAUGGAUCAUGGAUGGUGACUCCGAGCGAUUAUAGAUAGAGUUGAGUUCAUACAGUAUUAUUUAAAAAAUAAUUUUGAUAUGACUUAUGAGUUAUGACAAAGUCGAUGUAUCUUUCAAUUAUUUAGCAAGUUGUUUUGGUUUGUAUGUGAGGUAAUUAAUGUGCUAAAAAGUCUCAAAGAUUGACCAAGG